AUGCCUUCCGAGUCGAGGGUUGAGAACCCCUUGUUCCAUCCCUUCUUAUUUUGGUUCCAAAUUUUUCAGUACCUUACAGACAAGAUCCUGUCCCCGGCUCCUCCAGACAGAAGCAAACCCCUCCGCAGGCCCAAGGUCGCCAUUAUAGGUGCUGGUAUCACCGGUGUAACAUCUGCAGCACACUGCGUUGGCCAUGGUUUCGACGUUACCAUCUUUGAGGCUGGAGGGGAGGAGAAUCUUGGCGGGAUCUGGAGUAGGGUCAACAAUACCUCCAGUCUCCAGAUUCACUCUUUGAUGUAUCGAUUUCACCCUUCGGUAAAAUGGGAACGCGGGUACCCUGACCGUCAACAGAUCCUGAGCCAGCUCAAGCAGUUGUGGAAGAGGUACAACCUGGAUGAGAAGACUGUGUUCAACUACAAGGUAGAUCAGGUCUACCAAGACGAGAAGGGCCGGUGGGUGAUCAAUGACCCUUCAAAUGGGAGAUUUGACGGUCUCAUCGCUGCCGUCGGUACUUGUGGCGAUCCCAAGAGACCACAUAUUCCAGGCAUAGAAAAGUAUCGCGGACCUGUCUACCAUUCCAGCGAAUUGACAGGAAAGAACGCCAAAGGCAAGACUAUGGUGGUCAUAGGUGGAGGAGCCAGUGCUGUGGAAGCAAUGGAAUUCGCUGCCGAUGAGGAUGCUGCCAAGGUUUAUAUUCUCGCCCGAUCCGACAAGUGGAUCAUCCCACGCAACCCAAUCGUCAACAUGCUUCUCGCAUUCAAUAUCUUCGGCCAAGAAACCAUGUUCUCCUGGAUCCCAGAGAUGUUCCUCAAGAAGCUAUUCUAUCGCGACCUGCAAGACAUUGCCCCUUACAAUAAGGGCAUCUUUAUGGAUACUCCUAUGGUAAACACCGACGUUAUGGACAGAAUACGAUCGGGACAAGCAGAAUGGGUACGGUGUGACAUCGAAGGCUUCGAGGAGGGCGGAGUGAAGGUAAAUCGUCGAGCAAAGGGUGUCCCUGCAGGUGGGCCAGGACGCGAGGACGUCAUCGAGGCAGACAUGGUCGUUCUCGCCACGGGCUUCCAGCGGCCCUCUCUUUCAUUCCUCCCGAAAGACAGCUUCGAGGAACCUUACGGCGCGCCCAAUUGGUACCUCCAGACCUUCCCACCGAACCAUCCUUCUAUCUCCGCGAUCAACUGCACCUACCUGUCUGCGAUCGGCACAGUAGGCAAUUGGCACAUCGGCAUCUACACCCGGAUUCUGCUCAUGUUCCUCGUCGACCCACUCACCCGCCCCAGCCCUUUCUGGAUGGAGCGCUGGAUCGAUAUGACCAAGAUUUUAAAGGCACGGAGUCCUACUGGAGCAUUUGAUUUCUUCACUUACCUGGAGUUGAUUUGGUGGUUCACGUUCUCUGUAGCCUUCAACCCAUUCAGGUGGAAGUGGGCAUUCUUUGUCUUCUUCGGCAUCGGUUUCGCGCUGCCCAAGAGGCUGGUCCAGGUCGAGGACGCUAUUAGGAAUGGCCUCGGUCGACCGUCCAGUGAACAGGUGAAUCGUGAUCAAGGCGUUAGUAUCUGA